AUGUCGCAAGAUAAGAAGAAGACGCUAUCAAGACUUCUAACAUCUUCACUAUUAUUACACGGCUUGGAAGCAUUUGCUAUUCCAGUCAAAAAAUCGUUUGACAUCGAUAAGAUAGGAACCCAAGAAAGCAUUUUUCCAUUUUUGGCCGGCGCAGGUCCGUACUUCUCCUACCCUGAAAAUUAUGGGAUACCAAUUGAGCCCCCAAACAAAUGUGAACUGAAACAAAUCCAAUUAAUUGCAAGACACGGAGAAAGAUAUCCAACGACAAGCAAAGGAGCAAAACUUUUGAGUUUAUGGAAAAGUCUCCAGCAAUAUCCCAAAAGUUUUAAUGGGUCACUUUCUUUUCUAAAUGACUACCAGUUUUUUAUCGAAAAUGAAGAUGUUUUGGAAAUGGAAACUACCAUAGACAACUCAGUAAAUGCGAUAAAUCCUUAUACGGGUGAAAUGGAUGCAAAGAAACAUGCACGUGAGUUUUUAUCUUUGUAUGAAGACUUGCUAGAUGAGAAAAAAGAGUUCGCAGUUUUUGCCGCCAGCUCGGAAAGAGUGCACGAUACAGCUCAGUUUUUUAUUGAUUCGCUUGGAUCUCGCUAUAAUGUUUCUCUUCAAACUAUAAGUGAAGAACCAAGCUCUGGAGCGAAUACACUUUCUGCAGGCUACUCGUGUCCUGCUUGGGAUGAAGAUCAAUAUAGCAACAUUACAGAAAAAUACUCCACACAAUAUUUGAUCGAUAUUGCCUCUAGAUUAAAUUUCGAGAAUAAGGGCCUGAAUAUAACUGCGAACCAAGCAAAUAUGCUUUUUACAUGGUGUGCCUAUGAGUUAAAUGCUCGAGGCUAUAGCGACAUGUGCAAUAUCUUUACUCGAGAGGAACUCAUUCAUUAUUCUUAUCAGGAUGACCUAACAAGUUAUUAUCAAGAUGGGCCAGGCUAUCCAUUGAUUCGUGCGGUGGGUUCUAACCUUUUUAAUGCGUCUGUUAAGCUAUUGCAAGAAAGCGAACAUUUGGAUCAGAGAGUUUGGUUGAGUUUUACUCACGACACCGAUAUUUUAAACUACUUAACUACUGUAGGAUUGUUUGACAAUGGAAAAAAGCUAGAUCCAUCAUACGUCCCAUUUAGAGAUCUCAUUUUUCAUAAAUCUUGGAUUAUUCCUCAAGGUGCUAGAGUCUACACUCAAAAGUUUCAAUGCGAAAAUAACACAUAUGUUCGGUAUGUGGUGAAUGAUGCUGUGAUUCCCAUUGAGUCUUGUUCUGACGGCCCUGGGUUCUCCUGCGAGGCAAACAAUUUCUACCAGUAUGCAGAGGAGACAAUGGCCAAUAUGAACUUUUUCCAAGCUUGUAACACUUCAAGCGUAAGCAAUAUAACUGACCUCACUUUCUAUUGGGACUGGAAAAUGACAAAUUAUAACGCAACUCUUCUCAAGGAAUGA